GCAAUAGGAUGUCCCACAACAAAAUAAUUUAAAGGAUAAAAUAAAAGAGAAGCGCACACUCACGGCGAAGCGCAACAUCAGCAUCAGCAGCGCCCGAUGCGCGUGCCCGCCUCGGCAGAAGCUGCCUAAGAUCAGGGGAUGAGGAGUUGGAGCUACGCGAGUUAAAGUUGUGCCAAAAAAGGGGGGGAUGAGAAGAUGCUGCAGAACAAUCUACGAUCUGAUUAACACACCCUGCGCGGAGAAACGCGUCCCGAGUGAAGGAUGACUUGCAGAGCACUGUGCAUAUGCCUCUUAUUUUUGGGUGUUCAGCACUGCUCGUCACGAGAAUGUGUUGAUCCGCUCAUCUCUGGCCUCUAUGCCUCCUCUUUUCUGGCUUCCUCCAGAUACAACUUCCUCUACUCUGCCAAUUUUGCCAGAUUGUAUGGCAGCAGUGGAUGGUCCCCGUCCCCCAGGGACAGACAGCCAUGGCUCCAGGUCGAUCUUGGAAGAAAGUACCGACUGGUGGCCAUCGCCACACAGGGGACCUUCAACUCAUACGACUGGGUCACAAAGUACACCCUGCUGUACGGGGAUCGCUUCGACGCGUGGACCCCAUACAUUAUGAAAGGAGGCAACUCUACACUGCCUGGAAACUGGAACUACUAUCAGGUGAAGAGGAAUGUCUUCCACUACGCCUUCACCGCUAAACAUAUUCGUCUGCUGCCUCUGGCGUGGAACACCAAAAAUGGAGGGAAAAUCGGUGUGAGGCUGGAGCUGUUUGGCUGCCCUUACGACUCUUAUGUUCUACAGUAUAAUGGGGAGGACUCGGUGAUCUACAUGUACCCAGAAAAGAGAUCACGGACUCUUCAGGACCACAUCGCUAUAAAUUUUAAGACCCUGGAGCAGGACGGUCUGCUGUUACACAGUGAGGGGGUUCAGGGAGACCUCUUCACUCUGGAGUUGAAGAAAGGACGCCUUUACCUGCACAUCAGCCUGGGGAGCAGUGUGGUACACAACAUAGACGGCAGAACUACUCUGACGGCUGGUAGCCUUCUGGACAACCUACACUGGCACUAUGUCACCAUCAAGCGCUACGGUCGACAGGUGAACUUCACAGUGGACAGUCAGACAGUGACCACCAUCUGCAGAGGGGAUUUUACCACCCUGGAUCUCGAUACACAGCUGUACGUUGGCGGGGUAAUAGAGUCAAACCUGCCGCACCUUCCUACCACACCGAAUUUCCGUGGCUGCUUGGAGAAUGUCUUCAUUAACGGUGUUAACAUCAUCAGGAAAGCCCAGCAGGAGGAACCUGACAUACGCAUUCCGCGGAAGAAAAAGAUGCACUUCGCCUGCCGUGACAUUCUGCUCAAACCGAUGACCUUCGCUGGACCCAACAACUUCUUGCAGGUGCCAGGCUUCUUCGGGAGGCCUCGCAUGUUUGUUAAAUUUAAAUUUCGCUCUUGGGACUACACAGGUCUGCUGAUGUUCACGCGCUUUGCUGAUGAUUUGGGUGCCUUGGAGUUGGGUCUCAGCGAGGGACAGAUUAAUGUCACAAUAUUCCAGCCUGGCAAGAAGAAACUCCAGUUUGCAGCAGGAUACAGAUUGAAUGAUGGCUACUGGCAUUCGGUGGAUUUAGCAGCCAGAGACAACCUGCUGACUCUGACCAUUGACGAGGAAGAGGGCUCACCACUGAAGAUCACCAACCCUUUUAGAAUCCUUACAGGGGACCGUUACUUCUUUGGAGGUUGUCCAAAAACCAACAAUACAAUAAGAAAGUGUGAGACCAAGCUGAACCGCUUCCAUGGUUGCAUACAACAAAUCUUCAUAGACAAUGAACAGCUUGAUAUCGACAUUAUUCUGCAACGACAGUGGGGGCGCUAUGCUGAGCUGUUGUUAGGCACUUGUGGCAUCACAGACAGAUGUACUCCAAAUCCAUGUGAGCAUGAAGGCAGAUGCAUCCAGUCCUGGGACAAUUUUAUCUGCCUGUGUGAGAACACUGGCUACAAAGGAGAAGUGUGUCACAUGUCUGUUUAUAAAGAAUCAUGUGAGGCCUACAGGCUCAGUGGCAAGUACUGGUCUGGCAACUACACCAUCGAUCCUGACCUCAGCGGGCCUCUGAAACCAUUCGAAGUCUAUUGCAAAAUGAAGUCAUAUAAGGCUUGGACGGUAAUCAUGCAUGACCGUGUGGAUGGCACUAAAGUGUCUGGGACUUCGGUGGAUCGGCCAUAUAUAGGUGACGUCAAGUAUUGGAACGCAUCCUGGGAUGAGGUCACAGCUUUGGCCAACACCUCUUUGUACUGCGAGCAGUGGAUCGACUAUUCCUGCUACAAGUCCCGUCUCCUCAACACCCCCAAUGGAAGACCUUUUGGUUACUGGAUUGGUCGUAACAAUGAAAGUCAUUAUUAUUGGGGUGGAACAUUCAGAGAGGUUCAAAAGUGUGGCUGCACUGUCAACAAAACCUGCGUUGACCCCAGAUUUGAAUGCAACUGUGACGCAGAUUACAGACAAUGGUACUCAGACAAAGGCUACUUGGAUUUCAGAGAUCAUCUCCCUGUGAGGAGGGUGGUUAUCGGGGACACCAACAGAACUGGUUCGGAAGCUCACUACACCAUUGGGCCUUUGCGCUGCCAUGGCGACAGAAACAUUUGGAACACAAUAGCCUUCGUCAAACCCACCUACAUAACAUUCCCCACCUUCAGGCCUGGGUCCAGUGCUGACAUCUCCUUCCACUUCAAAACCUACCGCGGUAACUGCGUCUUCUUGGAGAACUCUGAUGACCAACUUCGAAACUUUAUACGUAUAGAGCUAAAUACUACACAUAAUCUUGCAUUUGUGUUCAUGGUUGGUGACGGUAUCCUUAACGUGACUCUACACUCUCCUGUGCCACUAAAUGAUAACGAGUGGCACUUUGUCCAGGCUGAAAUUAAUGUGAAAUUGGCCCGGAUCAAGGUUGAUUAUCAGCCAUGGGCUGUCCGACGUUUCCCAAGUCAGACAUUUGUCACCAUGAAGUUUACACACCCCCUUCUUGUAGGUGCAGCCAAUCGCACACUGAGACCUUUCCUGGGGUGUCUUCGAGGGCUACGGAUGAAUGGAGUCCCUCUGGAUCUAGAGGGGAAAGUAAAUGAAGUACAAGGUAUAAGGAGGAACUGUACGGGACAAUGUCUAAAUGCCACCAUACCUUGUAGAAACAGUGGGCAGUGUAUCGAGGGCUAUGCUUCUUACACUUGUGACUGUAACAACACAGCUUUUGAUGGUUUUUACUGCCAUAAAGAUAUUGGAGCCUCCUUUGAGAUUGGUUCAUGGUUGAGGUACAAUAUACGACAGAAGCCUAUAUCAGAUGAAGCCGCUUGGGCAAACUGGAUUGAUCCACACUAUGAUAAUUUCAGCCUUGGCUACAAUGAUACGGCUGAUGACAUAGAGUUCAGUUUCAGCACUGUUCAUGCUCCAGCUGUGUUGCUCUACAUCAGCUCCUUCGUCCAUGACUACAUUGCUGUCAUCCUAAAGAAUGAUGGAAGUGUCCAUCUUCGGUAUAAGCUUGGGCUGAUAACGCACAAGUACCAGCUAACUCAAAGAAAUUUGGCAGAUGGAUUUCCCCAUUACAUCAACAUAACCAGACACAACAGAACCAUCAAAACACAGGUGGAUUACAUGGAACCCAUAGUGGAAAAGAUAACAUUGGUGGAAGACGCCCGGUUUGAUUCUCCCAAAUCCAUGUUCCUGGGCAGAGUAAUGGAGAUUGGUGAUAUUGACUAUGAGAUCCAAAAGCAUAAUGCUCCAGGCUUCAUAGGCUGCAUAUCUGGGGUGAGGUACAACAUCUACACCCCCCUAAAGGCCUUUUUCCGUCCAAACGAAACAGACCCUCCUGUUACCACACAAGGUUAUGUUUUUGAGUCCAUCUGUGGCGCCUUCCCUCCCGUACUCGGCUAUGUGCCAUGGGAGGUCGAUCCCUGGUUCACUGGGAUAGAGUAUCUUUAUAUCCAUGAUGAUUUGGGCUUGGUGUGGAUAACAGUCAUUAUCAUCGUAGCGGUGCUGCUGCUAUUCGGGGGCCUGUACAGCAUCUACGUGUACACGUACCAACAGAAGGGCAGCUACCGCACCAACGAACCCAAGAACCUGGAGUCGCCCAGCAGCGCCCGGCCGCUGACUGAGACCCUGAGGAGGGAAAAGAAGCACCUACCAGAAAUCGAAGAGGAGUUCAGGAGCGACUAAAAUCAGAG